AUGACUGGAUACAGGAAAAAGAAAGAUACUGUGGGAAAAUGCCGGCAGGUUCCAUCCCCUAAACCUCACCAACCGGAAGAGCAGGAGGUGAGGGUGCCGUUGCAGCAGCAUGGCGCAGCAUCCCAGAGAGGCUUGGUGCACACUGACAGCCCAAACCUCCUCUGCAGCAUCCUGCCACAGCACUGGAGAUGCAACAAGACCCUGCCAAGAGCUUUCACUGUAGUUGCUCUGGGUAAUGACGUGCCAGACGGCGUGGUUGUUACAGUGAUGGCUGGCAAUGAUGACAACUGCAGCGCUGAGCUACGCAAUGCCACAGCGACAAUGAAGCAAGGUUAUGCCCACUUCAACGAUCUAAGGUUCAUUGGUCGCAGUGGCAGAGGUAAAACUUUCACGCUGUCGAUCAACGUGCUGACCUCUCCUCCUCAAAUAGCCACUGUACACAGGGCCAUUAAGAUCACUGUGGAUGGACCUCGGCUCCCGAGACGUUAG